CGGCCCCUCUGCUUUUUUGCAACAGGGGCUUUUUGAGGGGUAAUAGUGUAUGUUAAUUCGGGGCCGAGCAGUAGACCAGAAUUUGAAAUGUGAUAUAAGGAAAUGAAAAAGAAAGUGACGAUCAAGAAGAGCUUACUGUAUCUUUCUUCUUGUAGCUGCCCAAACUGUCAAAAACAGUUAAAACCAAGAAUUAUGUCGUAUAUUUUUACCAUCUUGUAAUUUGUUGAACAGCUAUGUCUAUGGCAGAAAGAAUGAUUCCCCUAAAGGUUGUUAUCAUUGGUGCUAGUGGAGUUGGUAAAAGUUGUAUUAUGACAAAGUUUUGCAAUGGCACUCUUGCUAAUGGUUCAACAGUAGGUUGUGACUUCAGAACAAAAACUAUGGAUCACAAAGGUUUUAAAUACAGGUUGCAAAUUUGGGAUACUGCAGGAAAUGAACGGUAUUGGACUUUGAAUACAUCAUAUUUUCGUGGGGCAGACAUGAUGAUCAUAGUUUAUGAUGUUGGUAAAGGCAGUUCUUUUGAUUUAAUUGAUACAUUUAUUUCUCAAAUUAAAAAGUACCAUAAAGAAGAUGUACCAUAUGCAAUUGUAGCAAAUAAAGCUGAUUUAGAAUGCUGGGAAGUUGAAGAAAAUCCGAAAGAUGCAACAAAAGGUCUAUUUUUUCUCAAAACAUCAUGCAAAACUAAUUUAAACAUCAACGAAUUAUUUCAAAGAGUUGUUGAAUGUUGUCAUGAUGCAAAGCAAGAACAGAUAAAACAGAAUGGUUAUGAUUCUGGCAUUCUAUCUAUCUCUGAAUGUGAUACACAACGCACUUCUAAGGAAAAUGUUGUGACAUUUGAGGGCAUUAUAAGGAAUCCAUGUUUAACCAACGUUCCAUAUGACUUAUCUAUUUCAGUUUGCGAAGCAUUAAUAAACUGCAGAAAGUCUGGCUUUCUAUCGAUGAAAAACAUUUUUAUGUAUUAUCGUUAUUUUUUUGUGAUGCGAGAAGAUAUGUUAUAUUGGUUUAGCAACAAUAAAAAUGCAACUUGUAUUGGUCAAUUGGAUUUGAAUGGGUGUGUAUCUGUCACACAUACAUGUCAAUAUAUUACCAUAAAGUAUUAUAGUGAACCAGGCAAAAGUAUCAGUAGUAUAUGUUUAUAUGCAUACAACAAACAAGAAUUCGAAGAAUGGUUAAAUUUGUUACAAAGUCAGAGUAGAGCUAAUGAAAACCUGAAAAACGAAAAAAACCCAGAUAUGAUUCCUUUGGAUAUUAUUGGAAAACUUCAGUUUCGAAAUGACGAAGAAAUAAAUGUGACUAUUUCAAAGCAAUCAGAUGAAGAAUGUGUGUUACAAUGCAUACCAAAAUGGUUUUUGGGUUUCUUAUUUGAUUAUUCCGCUUCAUUCCAAUUUCCACUAAAGAGUUUCAGGUAUUAUAAAGACAUAAAAUCAAGUGGAGAAUUUUUAUUGACUAGUACUGACGUUUACAUGAAGCUUUGGUUUAGACCAAAAUAUGAAAGGUUAUUUGUUUCAAAGCUAAAGUCUAUAUUUGGUAAAAAUUCAUUUGGUGGAAUGGUGACAACAUCUGUUUUAAAUGAAACAUUUAAAAUGAUCUACAAAAUUGCUUGCUUGCAGUUAAAUGUUGCUGCAGUCAGUGAGGUCGUCUAUAUCAUUGAUGAACAUAUCAAGGACAACAGAGAAAUACAUGACCUAUAUUUGCGUGGGUGUCCAAUUAUUCCACAAGACAUCUAUGCCAUUACUCAUGCUUUAUCAUUCUAUCCUGGCAUAACUUCAAUAAAUUUAAGAAAUACACACAUGACCAGUAAAGGUCUUGUGUACUUAUUAAAAGCACUUUGCAAGUACGAGUCAUUACUCAAUUUGGAUUUUGGAUUUAAUGAGCCUAUUGAUUCCCCUGAAACAAGAUCUGCAUUACAAGAGUAUCUUCCAAUUGCAAGUUUAGAAAGCAUAAAGUUUAUGAAUACAGAUGUUGGAAAUGAAACAUUUGAUGUAUUUUUUCAAGCUCUAAAGACUCACGAAACGCUUACUCAUGUUGAUAUUGGCUUUAAUUCUGUUGACGAUGUAAAUAGUGAUGCUAUUUCUCAAGUUAUUAUUCACAACACAAAGUUGGAAAAUCUAUCCAUGUGGCAUAGUCAUAUCACUGAGCACGGUGCCAUGGUAUUGAUAAAUGCCCUGAAACAACGAUCAGUAAAUUCACCAGAUUUGUGUCUAGGGCUGUAUGGUUCGCAAUAUAUAUCUGAAGAAACAUUAAAACAUUUGGACGAAUGUGCAAGGUUUAAUUGUAAAUCUGAAGUAGAGAAGGAAGUAAAGAUGGCAAAAACAGAGGGACAAAGUCUUCCAAAAACACUGUUUGAGUUUAUACUUGAAGGAGAUGAAAUGCAUCAACAAAACCUCAAAGAAAACGAAGUUGUAAAAGUAAAAUUGAAAGAAAAAAAUCAAAACGAAGAAAAAAUUGAACAGGAAAGAUAUGUUGGGCUGGCAUGUGGAAGUGAUACGGCUAAAUCCAAUAUUAAAAACAACUACUUCUCUCCGCUUGAUGAUCCAGAAAAAAUGGUGGCAUAUGUGUUGGACCAAAAGUUUAUUGGCGAAAGAGAAAAUGGGUCAUACUUUUCAGAGACACUGCUGGACAAUUAUGGUAAAGCGAAAGAAUUAUGGGCUUCAUGUAAUAGGUGCGAUCAUCCUGUGCUGGACGUGGUAGCAUAUUAUUGUAAUAAUAAAACACACAAGAACUUACUGGCUGAUGUAAACACAGCUUUAAAAGAAUGUCGAUUUUUUGGACUUGUGAUUGAUGAAGAAGAAAUUCAUCCAGUUCAAGAAGUUGAGGACUCCAUUGAUCUUCCGAAAUUUAAGGAGAAAAAACGACAGAUAUUUUCAAUGAUAUCAAAUCAAAUUGGUUUCGAAGCAAGGUAUUUGUCUCAUUUCCUAUUGGACUUUGAUGACGUUCUCACUAUAUCAGUUGCUAAUGAGGGAAAUGUGACGGCAUACACUAGUGACGUUCUGGCAAGGUGGUAUAUAAAAACGAAAAAAGAACUGCGAACUUGGAAAAACUUGCGAAGUGUUCUAAAGUUCUUGGGUAAAGGUAAACUGAUUGAAGAUAUUGAAUUAGAUUUUAAGGACUGAACCUAAUUAUUUUAAGUGUUUAUUCUAUGAUUUCUUUUCUUUUAAAAAUUAUCACUCAGACAUCUAACAAACUUGACUUUGGAGUCUUUUUAAUUAUCUUUAUUUUUUAUGUGGGUAAAACUAUAUUUGUGUGGCCUAAAAUGGUCCACACUUAAAGAACUCUUUUAUGCUAUGUCAGUAUUUAUUUUGAUUAAUUAUUUUUUUAAAAGAUUUAUGUCCACAUUCUUUGCAUUUAUUCCUUAGGUGUGUAUUUAAAAUUUUGUACAUAUAGCAUUUUAGUAGCAUAUAUUUUAUAAGCUUGUAAAUAUGCUCACUUCUAAUUGUGUAUUAUAGAUAUUUUUUAAGGAAUUUAUAGAAUUUUAAUAAACACCAUGUUAUAAAUAUUCCAGCAGUGAAUAGUUUUGAAUUUUAAUCGUUGUAAAAAUGUUAUGUUUUAGUCCAAGAUCAAAUAUUGUUUUUUUGAGCACAAACAAAAUAAACAGUGCUGAAACAAUAAAACAUUUUUUAAAUUUUACAAUUUUUCAAAAGAAUACACUUAACAAUUUUCUUACAAAUCACUUAUUUGUUAUCUGGCAUAGUAAAUAGUACACUUCCUAUUUAUUUAUACUUGUCCAGAACUGUACUCACAUAUUGUAAAUACUUGCACAUAAUAUCUAUAUAUCUAUAUAUUAUAAAUGUUUGUAUCACUUUUUCACCCUUUGGUUGGUCUUAUUCAAAAAAAAAAGAAUUUACAUCAAUCAAUCUGACUGCCGAUGUGAAAAGUCUGUGCUAAAACUAUUUUUUAAAAAAACACGCCAAUAACUUUAGCUUCUGGUUAAUUGUCAAGUCAGAAAAUCUACAAUGUAAUCCACUUUGCAAAAGUGACAGACAGACACACGGAACUGGCGUAUUAUUAUAGAGACUAGUCGAUAAAGCCCGUGGAAAAAUCCACUUAGGCAGGAGGACAAUGUAAAAAUUGAUUAUUUUAGACUUUUUGCUGACGUCAGCAGUGCAGAUACAAAAAAGAAUUAGCGAAGUUUAGUUUAUUGGUUGCCUGUAAUGUGUAGAGGCUAAAACCCUCAUGAGAAAAAUGUAUAGGAUCAUGGGUUUUCGACGAACGUAAAAGGAAAUAUAAGGGUUUGAAAAUUUGGCUGAUGUCAGCAAAGACCCGCAAUCACACAUAAAAUUUUUUUCCAGAAUUUUAUAUAUCUAAUGUCUUCAUUGUAUAGAUCUUGAAAAGCUGAUCAAGAAAAUGUAUAGGAUUAUGUACUUUUGACAAACAGUUUCAGAGAUAUUAAGGUUUGAAGAUUUUUUGAUGACGUCAUCAACCCGUCCAUUCCGAAACGGAUUCGGGGACCCAGGUUUGGGAAAAUAACCCAAAUUGGUCCUAGGUGGUCCCUAGUUACCCACGCGGUGAAAAAUCAUUGACGUCACCA